AUGUCGAAUACGCUGAUUCAGCAGACAAGUAUACCGUCUCAACUAGCAUGUGGGACAAGUCGCCAUGGGCUUCCGGAUAACGACAUGGAACGAAAUCCCUUUGGAUACCAGCCAUGGAGGGAUAAUCGAUCAUUCAAUGCCAUGUUCGAUAUCCUAGAAGCGGAUAUUGUUAUCUUUCAGGAAACAAAAAUUCAACGAAAGGAUCUCCGAGAUGACAUGGUCCUUGUGCCAGGUUGGGACUGCUAUUUCAGUCUCCCCCGGCAUAAGAAAGGAUACUCUGGUGUGGUGAUUUAUACACGGAAUGAAACGUGUACUCCAAUUCGGGCAGAAGAAGGUAUCACCGGCCUGUUGUGUUCUCCAAACUCUACAACGCCAUACCGCCAUUUACCGGAUGAUCAGCAAAUUGGAGGGUAUCCAUCCAUGGAGCAGCUUUCCGACCUGCAGGUUGACCCGGCAGUUCUCGACUGUGAAGGACGAUGUGUCAUUCUGGAAUUCCCGGCCUUUGUUCUCUUAGGGCUGUACUGUCCGGCUGCCCGUGAUGAGACGCGAGACGACUUUCGCCAGGGAUUUAUUAAUCUACUGGACGCUCGCAUACGGAACCUUGUUUCCAUGGGUAAAAGGGUCAUUGUUACCGGUGAUCUCAACAUUUCCGUUGGAGAAAUAGACUCUGCCCACUUGACGGAGGCUAUACGCAAGGGAACUGGAAGCGAGGAUGAAUUUGUCUCAAGCCCUGUGCGACGAGUCUUCAACCAGUUAGUCGAAGGCGCCAAAGUAGUAGGCCAGCGUGACCCCGCGAGAGAAGUUCCUGUUCUACAUGAUAUCUGUCGUUCAUUUCACCCCGGUCGAAGAGGAAUGUAUACAUGCUGGGAAACGAGGGUGAAUGCACGGCCGGGAAACUAUGGAGCGAGAAUAGACUACAUAUUAAGCAGUUUGGAUAUGAAAGACUGGUGGAGCGAAGCUAACAUACAAGAGGGUCUAAUGGGCUCUGAUCAUUGUCCUGUAUAUGCGACCUUCAAGGACAAGAUUUCUUUAGAGGGCAAUGAGAUUGAUAUCAAAGAUAUUAUGAAUCCUCCGGGUGUUUUCAAGAAUGGAAUUCGGCAGCGUGAAUACUCAACAAAGGAUCUUUUGCCUCUAUCUGGUCGUCUCAUUCCGGAGUUUACUCAGCGACGAAGUAUUAAGGAUAUGUUUACUCGCAAGCCAUCUUCAUCUCUCAAGGAUAGUGUUACGCCGAUAACCAAUGUUGUAGACGAAGAAUCUGCACCGACUCCACCAGAAUCUACUAUUACGAACAGCGCUGAACCUUUCCAGAGUCCGUCCAAACCCGGACUGUACAAAACGCAGUCUAAUGCGUCCAAUGCUUCAUCAAAUGGCCUUUCUAAACGAACACGGAAAGAAAGUGCACCUGCACCACCUCCCAAGCGCAGUAAGUCUAGAGGCAAGUUGGAUACAAACACGACAAGCAAGGGACAGCAAAGUCUUAUAGGCUUCUUCAAACCCAAGAAAACGCAGGAUAACCAGGAUACAAAUACCACUCAAGAAAUUAGUGACCGUGGACUGGAUGGCGCUUUCACGAUCAGCCCUACAAAGUCUAUAUCACAGGUAUUACCUUCGCCACAUAAACCUACUCCAACUUCUCAGACAACGGCUCAAGACGACGGUUCGACGACAGAAUCCACGGAUGAGACUGUGAUUGAUCCAAUAGUCAGCAAGGAAUCAUGGUCAAAGCUAUUCACCAAGAAAGCAACACCAAAAUGCGAAGAACAUCAGGAGCCUUGUAUCAUGCUCACGACGAAGAAACCAGGCAUCAACUGUGGUCGAGCUUUCUGGAUGUGCUCACGACCUCUAGGUCCGACUGGUCAGAAGGAAAAGGGGACGCAAUGGCGAUGUAAGACAUUCAUCUGGGCGAGUGAUUGGAAUGGACAGGAAUGAGCUACAGGAAGCAAGGGUUGGAACAGAAGGACUGUAUUGAAGCCAUCGCGAUAUCACAAACGUACAGCACAUCUCUGGGAUCUGAGCAUUGAAAAUCAUGAAUCUGUAUCUCUACAUUCUCAUUGGCAGAUAGACGAGUAGGACCAACACUCUCUGACACGUGACAUCACAUUCUCUCUCAUGUUCAUCAAG